AUUUUACCGAAGUGUAAUCGGAAAACAACAUGGCCGCUCCAUAGUUACGAAGUACGCUAAAUGUCAUUCAGGUUAACUUAACAAAAUGUAAAAGGAUAGGUACUUUCCAUUUUAAUAUGGGUCUUGCACGGGGUUCAGAUGGGGAAACUUAAGCAAAAUGCGGUAGGAGAUAACAAAUUCGUUCCCCGCAUCAGCUCGGCCAGUCGUAAAAUUGCAGCUCGUAGGUUUGAGCAAGCAGCAUUAACGAACGCCACUCCUCAUUACAUGAAUGAUACAUAUACUACAUCAAAAGUAAAAUUAGCACCGAUUUCAACAGACGAAAACACUUUGUUUACUAAAGUGAAUAAAGAAAUUUUCGAAAAUUCAAAAGAAUCUGAUACAGAUGAAACUAAAAGGUUAUCAAAAAGAGAAGUGCUGAAACCAAUUGCAAUGAGCAAGCAACCGUCUGUUUUGUUAGAUGACAAUGUGUUUACAUUCCGUCCUAAAGUCAGUACUGCCAGUGCCAAAAUUGUGGAAAGUAUGGGGACGGAUUUCAUGUCAAGACAACAGCAACACUUGGAAAAACAAAAGAAACUUAUUGAAAGAGCCGGAUUUUCUUUAACCGGCUCCUCGGGUCGUUUGUCACCUCUUAGCCAGUACAGAAGACUUAAAGAACGGGGAUUUAAGAUUGAAGAGUCAGAGACAGCCAACACAAACACCAACGCUGCAGAAGGUGAUACAUCAGAGUCUCAAAAACAACAAGAAGCUGACGAAUUGUCCGACACUAUGCCUGCACUACAAAACGGGAUGUCCACGGGGCUUCAAAGAAUUCUUGAUGGCCCAUAUUCAAAUGGAAACCCAGAUAUGGUGUUGAGGCGCCACAAAACAAGAAUAAGAUCGCAUGUAAAGGGGAAUAAAUCUGUUGGAGACAGUUGUGAUGUUGACGAUUUAAGAGGGAAAGCGCCCCCUGUUGAGGAAGAAGGUAAAAACACAAUUCAAAUCAUUUAUCAUAGCACAUCUUGGACUAUUGACUUAAUAAGUUUUCUGGAUCAAUAUUGUGAUUUGUUUAAAAAUGAUAUGAAGAUGGAGUUACCUCCCUUGGAAGUUCGGUUCAUGAGUACAGUGGAAGCUUAUAAAAAUUCUAGCAGUAAGAGAUAUAUUGCCCCAAAAUUUCUACAGUUUGACAUGGGAAAUUGUUCUUCAUCACAUCUAGAUGACAUCGAGAAUGGCUCGGCACUGUCGCGCAGUAAAACAAUGCCAUCACUUGGCCGACCAAAACUUACUCGUAAAAUCACCUCAACUGCCAACUCUGAUCGUCUUGCCAAAGCCAAAGAUCAAGCUGAAAAAGCUAUAAAGAUGAAAAAGGUGUUUACUAUACAAGGUGGUUACUCUGCAAUUCGACAGUGUUUAAGAAAACGUGGAUGGGUCGAGAAGUUUUACAGGAUACCAGGACCUCAAAAACAGACAAGGAAACGACGGAAAAGAGGUGGCGAUGAUGAUGAUGAUGACGACGAUGACGAUGAUGAUGAUGACGAUGAUGAUGAUGAUACAGAUAGUGACAAUGAUCAGCCAAAAGUAGCUCCCUGGGAAGAAGAUGAUGGAAUAUAUGGAAUUAUGUCUCGCAUAGUGCGUAAUGUGAACCCUACAUUUAUAUGGGUGCUCAAGCGUGAUGUCAUAGAUUACCGGUUCCUCACCAGAGAUCAGAUGGUCAACCAUUAUUGCAAGGCUGGUUCCUUCACUACAAAGGUUGGCUUGUGUGUAAAUAUGCGUCAGGUGCCGUGGUUUGACGAGUCAGAUCCGGAUGAGUUUUAUCCGAGAUGUUACAGACUGAGUCACGAGGAGGAGAAGGCAGCAUUUAUAGAUGAUUUCAGACUGACAAGUUGUUUUAACAUUCUUAAGAUCAUCACCAACAUGUACAUGGAGGGUGGCGAAUGCAACGAGGAAAGUCGUGAUAAAGAAAAUGUCCCGAAAGAAGAUAAUUCGGUGCUGUUUGAAUGUACAAACCCAGAAUGUACCCGUUCAAGGCCAAAUCAAACAACUGAUAAUUUAUGUGUACAUGCUUUACAGAAGAAAGCUGAAGAAGAACAAAAAAGGAAAGAAAAAGAAUUUCUAGCCUCAGAUGAGGAAGACAAAGAUAUGGAAGUAGAAAUUGAUGAGAAUGGUGUUGCCAAACCUCCAGAUAGCAGUAGGAGUAAAAAGAAGAAGAAACGAAUCAUAGUACCGCAGAAAUGUCUCGAUCGAGCCAUGGUCCAGUGUGAAAAAUAUCUCACCUUCCGAAACCAUGACGAUAUUGACCAACCUGUUGAAAGAGAUGCUUUGACUCCUGCUCAGUGGGAUGAAAUGAUCACAUGGUACUACCAACUUGUACAUUGCAACAUGGAAUCUAGAUGGGAGAGAGAGAUGUACCGAGUGACAAGAACGAGAAAUCAGUCUGGCAUAGAGUCCACUAUCGGAUCUGGUCUAAUUGGAUGUUGCAAGACAAACAUACAGAAGCAGUUUGUCAAACCAAAGAAACAAACAAGAGUGUUUGUUUUUAUAAUUGCAAGAACGUCCAUAAUAAUAUUGAUCGAUAACUGUAAGUUUGAUAUACGACAGUGGUUUCUGGUCACAGAUUGGAACCCUCUUACUAUCUACUUCUAUAUGGAUAGCUACCUCAGGUUUUGUUCCCAGCAGUUUACACUGGAAGAUUACGAUGAAGCUAUUCAUCUGUCAAACAAUGCUAUUCAAAAACAUUAUAAAAACGGUCCACGAUCAACAGAACUGCCAGAAGAAAAUAUGUGGACACAUGAACAGUUUAUUGACUACAUUAAAGACCAAAAGUUGCCAAACCACUGGGAUGAUUUGAUUUAUCCUGGGAUGAAAAAAGCAAUCAUCUGUUCAUUACUUUCCACUCAAGAUCUUGUAGAAUAUAGAAAGUCAUCAUUUGAGUUGUACGGUGCUGACUUCAUGUUGACGGAGGACUAUAAACCAUGGUUGAUAGAGAUUAACUCUAGUCCUAGUAUGGAAAGUAGUACGGACAUUACAUCACGACUCUGUCAUAAUGUCCUCGAAGAUACACUUAAAGUGGUGCUGGACAGAAGGUGGGAUAGAAACUGUGAUAUAGGACGGUUUGAGUUGGCUUACAAACAGCCUGUUGUCACUGUACCUCCGUACAUUGGAAUGAAUCUAUGUGCUGAGGGUGGCUCCAUUAAAAAGCCAAGUUGGAUGAAUGUUAAAAGGAAUACUAACAAUGAUCCUGAUGCUGUGUUUUCCCCUAGAAAAGAAAAACAAGUGAUUUUCAAUGAUAAACUGACUGGAAACAAUGUUGAAACGUCCAAUAAAACCACAGGAAAUUCUCGGCGACCUCAAAGUGAAAGUAACCAAGAGGAGCAUACUAGUUUGAAAACAACUAAUUCAGCUCCUGUUAAAAAGUCAACAACAAAAGAAAACAAUAAUGAAACUCACACACAUGUGAGAAAGAAAGCACAUGUACAAAAGUCACCAAAAAUAGUUAACAAUUUAAGUGCAAAUCAAAGUAGUAGUAACACUAGUGUACCUGCUGAAAAAUCUACCAGCGAUAGUGCUAGUUUACAUAGUCAUCAUCAGAGAGAAAACACUCGUAAUAUUGAGCAGGGACGUAACUCUGAGCAGGGACGUGUUUCUGAACAGGGACGAAGCUCCGAGUUAGGUCGUUACUCUGAAACAGGUCGCGUUUCUGUGGUUGGUCGGUCAGAAGCUGAUACAAACAUAGACGAAAGUCGUUCGGAAAAAGGAUUAAAUAAGUCACCACCGGUUUCGCCGUUACUGGCCCCAAAAAUGAAUAUGUUUGGAUCUGGUGCUAUUCCUACUACAAGCUAUGUAUCCAAUUUAGCAUCAAAGAAAAUUGUGUCAAGAACUUCUGUGUCAACUAACUAUACUAUACCCCCUUGUGAUAAUCGAGAGCGUCCCGCUUUAAGUGUUAACAAUGUGGAAACUACAGAUCUGAAGACACUUAAAGCUCAGGCCAAAGAGAUGUUUCUGGCAUUUGAUGGCCGACGUCGACGCAAGAGAUACCGGCUAGGUCGAAGUAUGCCUGUUUACUCAUCAGGCACCACUGAGCCUGUAAAACUGCAUUUCUCAAAAGGAACAACUGCUGCCCCUUCUCCGUACAUGAUGGUUCAAAAACUACCCGUUAUAAAGGUCCAUAUUAUAAACGAGGGUCCGCCCGGGUUGGCUCACAAGCUCUUUUAUAUAGGCCAGUCAUAUCCUCAAGGUGUCUACCCACUAACUGAGAGCACAUGGGCGCGGACCUGUAAUGACUGCGGUAACGGCAUGAAUUUACAUUUAGAUAACAUAAAUCCUUUCUGUAAAUGCCGUCAAGAUGGUAUCCGUAUAUCCCCAGAUCCCCAGGAGCCUCGUUCUCCCAGAUGUAAAAGUGCGCGAAACAUUUCACGUCCCCAAAGUCGUGCAAGUCCCCGUCCACCGAGCGCAUCAGGAAUGCACACAAAGAGACAGCAUAAUAUGUCCGCUGACACAGGUGGUAAGGUGUUGCUGCGUUACACCGACGGUUGGAUACAAAGACCUAUAACUCCUCACAUUUACCCGGGACCGAACUCGUUACCGAGACUAGUACGCAGAUACAUCGGAAGACGUGUCGGACAGUACCAUGAACUGUCUGUUGCCCAAAGUCAGACUUUAUUUAUAGAUACCUCUCAGUUAAACGGGGCUCUGUCGAUUGUUUCUCAUGGAUUUUGUCCAAAGUGAAAUAGAAUAAAGCUGUGAUAUCUCUAUAUUAUAUAUAUUAGAAUAAAACUCAUGAGUGUUCAUUUAUAGCUUUAUUGUCAUAUAGUAGAAGCUUUAACAUAGUGUUAAAUUUUAAUAUCUCACAUCUAAAUUUGAUUAAAGUUUCGCUAAGUUCUUUACAACAGAACUCAGGGAGCUUAAUAUAAUGUCUAACAUAUAGAAUCAAUAUUUGCAAUCAUAACUUGUCAGCAUUCAAGACUUGUAGCUUAUUUUUAUGAAAAAGCUACAGGUUAUUUAAUUAGUGACCUGACCUAAAAUGAUGUUGCAAUAAAACAUGCUUUGUUUUUGAAUAUUAUCAGGAAUUGAAAUAGGUUUUAUGGUCUGUGACCAUGUUUUAUUACUAUCAGUAUAUUACACUGGCCUAAAAGAAUACUUUGUAUGUUAGAGCUGUGAUAUAUUUUCAUUUUUAAAAUGUUUAUUGUAGAUGUUUCCUUUUAGAAAGGAUCCAGUAUUGUUGAUUAUAUUUUUCAUCCUAAUUACAGAGCUUUUUUUAUAAAAAAUUAUUUUUGACAACAAGUUUUCCAAGAGAACUUUUUCUCAAUGUUUGAUAUAUGUAAACAUGUAUACUAUGGUAGUUAAGUUGAACAGUAUUCAAGAAGUAAAAAUUUAAUUCUUGUUGUGCAAACAAAAAGAUAAAUUUGCUUAAUUUGGAUAAAAUGCAUAAAUUUUACUCUGGGAUUUCCACCAAAUAUUGCCCUUUACAGGCUACCAUUACCUUGGGUUAUAUGUUCCGUCAUUUGGUUAUAUGACCAUGUUUAUGAUUUUAUAUAUGGCUAGCCUUUGUCUGUUUCGCCCCCACUUCUUUGGGAGAGGGGGAUCCUUAGACUGACAAAACAGUGAAAUGUGGGGGCAUCCGUGACCUUAGGACACAUGUUGGGGCAUUCGUGUCCUAAGGACACAUUGGUAGUUAACAUGUAGUUAAGGUUUUAUCAGUUAUUCUGUAAUAAUUAUUUAUAAGUCUUUGAACAUAAGCAGCUAUAAUAACUUUUGUAUGCCACUGGUAUUGAACCUGGCGUGCCUGUAUUUCACUGCAGUUCGACCAGACUGUUUUGCUGGCUGCUCAAUUUAAGUGUUUCCAUUAUAACAGACUGUUCUGAAUUUAAAGCACAGCAAGGUCUUUUAUUAUACAAACAUACUUAUUGUUGUGUUUAGGGUUCAAAACUGUCUUAAGGUCAAGAAAUUCUAUGAUAGACCACCUGAGUGUAAGUAGAUAAAGCUUUAAACAGGCAGGGUCAGUCAGGGGUAUUUGUAUUAUUUCUGUACCAUAAAAACUGCAAGAGUUGAAUUUUUACUUCAGUAUUUGGACGAUCUCAGUCAGUAGAAAUUAUAACUAUUCAUAAAUUACAGAUGUAUUAAUUAUAUAAUUUAUACAUAUACAUUUUAUUUUAGGAAAUGAUAAAAUUACGAUGAUAUUUUAAAAGUAUAUAGAAGAUGUUCAAGUUUUCUCUAUAAAUACAGGAUUUAUUUUCAUGGAGUGCUAUGAAAAUAAAUAUUUAUGAGUUGUGCAUGGUAGCCAUGAGUGAAAUAUAAUAAUAAUCAUACCACAAGAUGAAAACAACUUGAAUUUUCUGUUUAUUAUAUAUAUUUUUCUCUUUUUUGACUUUACAAUUCAAAUCUUUUGUAUUGGCUGAAUUUAGAAGGAAGUAUUCUGGCUAGAUACGGAAAAUAUGUUUCACUGUAGUGAAAAGUAAAUUUUUGUAAUGAGAAUACGGAAAAAGAAAAAUUAUUAACCAAUAGUAUUGUGCCAAAUGCUUAAUGAGAUUUAAAGUCAGUAUUUAGCAAGAAUUAUUAAGACAGUCUUGGCCAAUUGUAAUGUAUUGUCAUAAUGAAGUAUUGCCCAUCAUCAACGUACCUUUAUGGGUUUGAGUCCCACUCGGGACAUAAAAGUUUUUUCUAAGGAUUAAGCACUUCUGUCUUGGUGAAAUUGAGUUAAAAGUCUGUGGUUCUACACAUGACUUGACAUAGUAAUAUUUACUGAAUAAAUGCUAAUUCAUAAAACAUUGAAAUGUAGUUGGAAUUUACAGUAUACAAGUUUCUGGUUCAUUACUUUAAUUUAAAGUAAUGAAAUAAAAAAAGAAAAAGUUAAAUUAUUAGUUUUAUUUGACAAUCUUUUUAUUUUAAGAAAUGCAUUUUAAGUACAAAACCUUGCCAGUAUAAAAUAUGCUCGGAAAGUGUCAGUAUGCUCGUAAAUUGUCAGUAUUAGAAAGAUUUUAAUACAAAAAUCUUGACCUUUGUUCAAGACUUUCUGGGUUGUUUUUUUUUGUGUAAAUUUUAGGACCAGUGUGUACUGUAAGUUUUUGUCAUAUCCUGUCACGCUAAUUUUGUGACCAUGAAUAAAUUAUGUAAAAUAUGACAUUUCUUCCAAGAUUUGGGUGGUACAGAAAGUGUAUUUGAUGAAUAUUAAUUUAUAUCUUUUUUAAAAAACAAAUUUAUACAUGUGUAUAUAAAUGUAUAAUUAUGUAAAAUAAUAUGUCGACACUGGUUCCGCUUCUGAAAUGCUAGCCUAACAGUGGUUCUUGGCCUUUUUAGAAAUAGGUUUUAGAAAUAUGGUAUCUUUGAACCUUGAAAUCUGUGAUACUUGUUAAAGAGUUUAGAAGUACUGUUAUGUGUGUGUUAUUAAUUUUGUUUAUUGUUUAAGCAUUUAUGUUCAC